AUGGGUACAGCAGAUAGUAAAUUAGCAUUUAGAAAGAGCGUCUUUCGACUCUACGAAGAAAAGAACAUUGCAGUAACUGAAAAUGAAUUUUGGGAAUUGUUUUGGACUUUGCCUGAUUCUGCUGAUGAUGUAUUCUCACUUAUCGGAGCAAAUGACAUCAGACGCACGCGAGAUACAGCCCGAGAAAACAUUGAAAUACUGAUUGAUAAAAUCUUGGAGAAAAUGCAGAGUAUUCUCAAGGCACAGAACUUUCCUUCUGGGCAGCAUUCUAUUAACCACCUCUUAAACUGUUGUCGCGUUAUGACGCGCCUUAUGCCAUUUAUCUUUGAAAGCUCAGAAUGUAUGGAAUGGGAAGAGACGUUUUUUUGGACACCAAGACAGGUAGAAAGGCCCAAGAAAAAUCCUGACGAUAAACCCGAGUAUGAUAUUCUACCUUGUCGUGGUGAACUUGUUUUAGACUUAACCAUUCAGGCGUUAUUUUUAGCUGGUUUUACGAUCCCGAUUACAUUAGCCACAAAGGAAUCAAAAGUAAACUAUGUGAUAUGGGAAAACGGUGUUGGCUCCACUAUACCUAUGAGCACCUAUAAAGAUAAUGAAGCUAAUCGCACGGAAGUAUUGCGUCUGCUUGUCGUGUUGCUCUCUAAAUCCAUGUACGUUUUGCCUUCUCAGAUUUUACUUAAGGAGGAUUUGUGGCUUCGAUAUGUGGCUGUCAAGACGGACCGUAAAACUGUACUGGUAAUUUUGUGUAGCUUAUUGAACACUGUAUGCAACUAUGACCCUACAGGUUGGGUUCCUUAUAACCAUGUCGUGAGUGCCGGCCCUCGAGAACAACUAGUCACUUUUUGUCUAACUACACUCCUUAUCUUAUUGGACUAUCGAUCUCUUCAACAAGCUGAAUUAGUACGCCAACAUGAUCAGCACCAGCCUAAUCCAAGUGCGUCUGUGGGAGAAGAGUUAGCUGCCAAUGUAGAAGUAUUGACAUUAGAAAGUCCAGAUGCUGUACCUAAAACUAGCAUGGAACUAGAAGUCUUUACGCCUGGAGACCAUCAGCAGAGUAAAGCAGAAGAAAAUGCUUUCCGAUACUAUACGUCUAAAUUACACCGCAAACAAGACUUUGAAUUCUUGAUGAACGGUAUCUAUCGUCUGAUGAGUAACCCAAUGACAGCUGCUAAUACCUAUUUACCUGGCUCAACAAAGCGUGUUGGUUGCUUUAUUGAUGUGAUGAUGUUAUGCUGGAGAUUGAUUGAGACAAAUCCGAGAUUCAUCCAUUAUCUUGUUGAGACAGAUAGUGGAUUAGAUUUGACAGUGGCCUUAGUCUUUUACGCAAUUGACAACAAGGACAAAAUCACACAAAUUGGUUUAGUUCGUAUGUGUACAUUUAUUCUUCAGACAUUAUCUUCCAACAAGGAAUACUGUCUCAAAUUGAACAAGACUUUCACAACACAUUCUUCGCUUCCUGCUGUCAUUCGUCUCUAUGCAUUCAAUGGUACCUAUGCUGAUUUUUUGAUUAUAUCUAUUUUCUCCCUCAUCGCAACAACGCAAGGCAGAUUAUCAGCUCUUUAUCCUGCACUCAUGUUGACAGUUUCUAAUAUUUCUCCUUACUUGACUGAUCUCGGUGUUACAACAUCUUCCAAAUUGAUGGCCAUGUUCCAUUCUAUGUCUUCCCCGACGUUCUUGUUAGCUGAUGAACACAAUCCUCAAUUGACAUGUUACUUGUUAGAGACGCUAAACAACAUUAUUCAUUAUCAGUACUCGAAGAACCCCAAUUUGAUAUAUGCUAUUGUAUUACAUCAUGACUAUUUUGAAAAACAAAGCAAGAUGACAUUUAAUGAUGCAGUAGCAGAAAUGGAGAAAGUGAGAUUAUGGAGAGAAAAGAAAUCUCAAGAAAUAGAAAGAAGACCAUCUACUCAACAAAAAGAGCCAGAGACAACAAGCGAAGAGACAGAAACAAAAAUUAAACAAGAUGAGCCCGUGCAUGAGGAUAAGGAACAAGAGUCAAAAGAAAAACCAACAUAUGCUUCUGUUGUGGCAUCCAGCCUUCAUAAUGAGCCUUCUUCUUCUUCUUCUCAGCCUAUGCCAGAAAAUGAUCAAACAUCCAGAUGUGAAAGCCUUUCAGUUCUUCCAAAUCGACAAGGGUUUGUACCAAAUGAAGCCUGGUUUGAUUAUUGGAAAUCGAAACUACCUCUUUCUACCAUUUUGGCAUUAAUAGGCCAUUUAGUCCCCAAAAUGGAAGAGAAAUCAAGCGAGCAAGGUAUAUCGUUAGAAGAUUUGAUGGAAUUUUUAAAGAGUGUGCAUGUGGAAUUACCAGAAGAAGAAAAAGACAUCUAUAUUCGCAAAUUUCAAUGGGGAGAAGCACUUGUCAUUUGGUUCCGUAGUAUGUUAUGGGGUCAAAACUAUGUGAGCACGAUGAGAGAAUAUGGUCCUUGGAAUGGUACUCAAGUAAAAUUGUUCCAAAUUAAAGCAGAACAAUAA